UCUGCAUGAAAACAAUAAUGGACAAAAUAAACCACUUUGUUUGAUUCCACUAAUUUUUAAUGUUUAUGUACUUUGAUAAUGUCAAUGAAUUAAUUAUCUUCAUUCUUAUCCUCUUUUGGGAACAAUACAACAAGUGAUGGAUGACCUUGCAUGGUUCCAUAUAGACAUUUAGAUAUUAGAUUAGAUUCAUUCAAAUCUUAUACCUCAAGCCUCAAACUUUAUUGUGUCAAUGAAUGAGAACAAGAUUGAUUAUUGCAGAGGAAUGAUUCAACAAAGCCAAGGAGGACUAUUUGAUACCAUACAGUCUUGGAACAUGGUUGGAGGAGGAUCACGGCCGCCACUGCCGCCACAAAUAGGCCCUGCUGCAACCAUCAUGAGCCGGUUCGAGUCACCGGCUUCUGCCUUCUAUGCAGCAGAACUCUGCAUGGGGUUUGCAGAAUAUGAACACUCUCAGGCUCAGUUCUCUAAGAUGAAUAACGAUAAUAAUGAUUUGGAAUUCCCUUUGUAUCAAAGGGACAAAUUUGAUCUCUCAAACACUUUGCAAGCAAUGGUGAAUUCUCAAUUCAAUACCAAAAAUCAAUGCUUUAGAUCAUCCAACAAAAUCCCAUGUGACAAUUUUCCUGCCAGAAAGUUCCACCACCAACAGAAGUUCUUCACUGAUGCCAUGGCUUCACCAUUUCCUAACAAAGGAAAUCAAGAUAAUAUAGUGAGCUUCAAUUCUUAUCAAGAUAGAUCUUCAUCACCUUCUUCAGGAGGAAGUGUAUCAGCAAACUCUGCUUCUAAUGGGGUAACCAUAUCGAGUAAGACGCGUAUAAGAUGGACUCAGGAUCUUCAUGAGAAGUUUGUUGAAUGUGUGAAUCGCCUUGGUGGUGCUGAUAAGGCAACACCAAAGGCUGUAUUGAAGAUGAUGGACUCAGAUGGAUUAACAAUCUUUCAUGUCAAAAGCCAUUUGCAGAAAUAUAGAAUUGCUAAGUACAUGCCUGACCCAAUUCAUAAUGGGAAAUCUGACAAAAGAAUCCACAUAGAGAAUCUUCAACAUCAACAUCUUCAUCUUGAUAUGAAGAGUGGAAUUCAAAUUAGAGAAGCACUUCAACAACAAUUAGAUGCACAAAAGCUUCUUCAUGAACAACUAGAGAAUCAGAGAAAGUUGCAGCUGCGAAUCGAGGAACAAGGUAGGCAGUUGAAGAAAAUGUUUGAAGAGCAGCAAAAAGCAACGAAUGAACUUUUGAGUUGUCAGAAUAUAAUAACCAAAGAUGAUACAUAAAUUCAGAUUAGUCAUUUGAUCGAUACCUUCAAUUAAUUUCUAUGUAAAAGUUGUUAUUGUUUUUUCAAAUUUUUCUUAAGGGAGAAAAAAAAAUAUAGUUAAUCAUGGCACGUAUAUUAAGUUCAUACUGUAUUUUAAUUUAAGUUCUCUAAAUGGAGAACUUUUUUUUUCUUUUUCUAAGUUUGAUCUUACUAGCUUGUUC